AUGCCACCAAAGAAGCAAGCAGAAGGCUCAGACGAUGAGAAGCCAAAGAAGGUGCCAACAGCCUAUGCUCUCUAUUGUCAAGAUAACAUGGAGAGAGUAAAGAAGGAAAACGAAGGUAAAAAGCAAAGUGAAAUUAAAAAGAUUUUGUCCUCUGAAUGGAAGGAAGCUGAUGAACAAACCAAAGAAAAGUACAACACCUUGCACAAGAAGGCUAAGGCUGAAGCCAAUGGAGAAGAAUUUGAUAGCAGUGCGAACAAGAGAAAGAGAGCACCAAAAGGAGAGUCUUCAAAGAAAGCUAAAAAGGACGAUGAUGAUGACGAAGAAACACCCAAACCACAAAAAACUCCAACAGCUUAUGCCCUUUUCUGUGCUGAAAAGAGUGAUGAAGUGAAAAAGAGUGAUUCCGGCUUGAAGGCUUCAGAAGUCAAGAAAAAAUUGUCUGAAAUGUGGAAGGGUAUGUCCAAGGAAGAGAAAAAGCCUUAUGAAGAACAAUCUAAGAAGUUAAAACCUGCAACACCUAAGAAGGCAUCUAAGAAGAAGGAAGAAGAGGAGGACGAAGAAGGCAGUGAAGAAGAUGACGAAUAA